AUGCCGGAUCCGCUGUGCGCGUUUGUCGGUCAGGGCGCGGCGCUGACCGCGGCGGCCUGGGCCGCGGCGGCGGCGAACGCCGACGGCGGCGGACCAUUCCAGCGGCUCGGCGAGGGCCGGGGCGCGGCGUUGCGGGAGGCGUGGACGGUGGAGGCGGUGCGCACCGUGCCCGCGGAAAGGCGGGCGGCGGCGGGCGACGCCGACGAGCUGUUCACGUACGCCCGUCCGCCCACGAAGAGGGAGAGGCUCGAGAAGGGCGAGCGGCGCGCCGAGCAGCACCAGGGGUGGGCCGAUGCGCCGAAGGAGAAGAGGCGGAGGGCGGCGGAGGAGCAGACGGCGGCGCAGGCGGCGCUGCUGGGGCCGCUCGCGGCCGCGGACACCACGGCGUCGCUGGGAGGCGCGCUGAUGCGGAGGCCGAGCGCCAUCGUGGCGGCGGUGCUGCAUCAACCCAUCGCGGCGGAGCGGGCGGCGCCGAUGCUCGCGCCGCUCGGCUACCACAUGAACAGGCUAUGCGGCGACGUGCUGAAGCGGUGGCGCGAGUUCGAGCGGGAGAUGAACCGGUCUGACGAAGACGGCGGCGAUGCGGUGAUGCGCUCCAGCUGGGCGAACGGGAUGCGGGAGGGGUACCCGUGCCAGCAGCUCACCAUCAUGUUCCUGCAGUAUCUGCUCACGAGCCGCAUCCAACAGUCGCACGCGUCGCGGCGGAAGGGGUGUGAGCGCAUUCAAUCAAUCGCUGGUCUGUGA